AAGUAAUGCAUUUCAUCACUGAAUGACUUGUGGGGCAUGCGGUAAGCUUUCGGCUUUAGACGGGCUUUAGCAGACGUCAUGCACGACACGUAAAUGGUUUGUUGACAUGGAAAAAGAAGCAACUAAAUUGGAUAUUGACGGAAAUAUCGACACAAGAGCCUUUCAGAACCAGACAAUAAAGCAAAGGAUCAUGGCACUCAGUCUUUCAAACGCUACAGCUCGGGAAUGGUUUUCCAAGACCAGAGAUGGUAUUCGUCCUUGGGGAGAAUUUGUCAACACUGGAAGGUUUCAGACCCCUAAAUCUGUGGCUCCACUGCCUAAAAGAAUAAUGAAAAAUAUUGAACAUUUUCAGAGCAACUAUUUAUUUGUGUUCAUUGGCUUAGUUGUAUUCUGUAUAUUGACCUCACCUAUGCUCCUUGUUGCCAUAGCAGCUUGCCUUGGUGCUUGUUAUAUAAUCAGUUUAAAGAAUAAGGAUAACAAAUUAAAAAUUAUGGGUCGUGAACUUACUUUAGCACAACAAUAUGGAGCAGUUGCUUUGUGUUCAUUUCCCUUGUUCUGGUUGGCUGGUGCUGGAUCAGCAGUCUUCUGGGUCAUUGGUGCAUCAUUCUUUGUCAUAAUGUUACAUGCUUCAUUCUACACACCUGGAGAUGAAGGGGAACCAUUUGAUCUUGAGAUGGAACCAGUCUAAUUACCUUGACUUUACAGUGACCUUGACACGACAAUGACCUUGACCUUGCCUGAUGAAAACAACAAUUGUGUACAGAAGGGCUGGAUUGCUACAGAGACAUUAAUAUGCGCAUUAAAAAAAACUUUGAAAACUAAAUGCAGACUCUAGAAUAGUUACAAGCUUAAAAUACAGAA